GUUCUUGGACACGCAGGCACGAUGGCUGCCACGUCGUCCCGUCCCUUUGAUUAUCUGGAAAGUCAGCCUGGAACGGUCUUCCUCAAGCUAUACAAACAGCCAUCCACAGCCCUUGCCAUUUUCAGGCGCAUGCUGCCUGAUCUCGCAAAAUGCUUUGUAAUGGCACUUCUCUAUCUCAAGGACCCUCUUCCAGCUGCUGAUUUGGAAGCAUGGGCCAAGCCGGACAGCAAGAAGUGAGCAUGGAGUCUGAUUUCACCGUGGUUUUGUUAUUCUCAUCUUCCCGUCAUUUCACAAAUUGGUUGACGAUCCAAUCUCGACAUUUUCAAGGGAACGAGAUAGCGCUUUAUCGAUCCUUGGAAGGCUGCACAUCCUGUCGAAUUCCACAACGCCGGAAAAUGUUCGAGCCUACGUGCUCACCAAUCCAUUCGCAUCCUCCCUUCGUCAGGCCCUCACCGGAACCGAUCAGACGCAAUCCUUCGGCAUACUUGCACACAUACCAGAACAUGCUGCGAUGACUGUAUCCGACCUCGAUGAAUACGCCAGGCGUCAGUGGGAGGGUGUUUUGGGAUAUAUGGUCGGUACCAGCGGGUUAGGUAUUCAACGCGACGUGGUGAACUUGAGCAAAGGCGUAAAGCAGCUUCUUCAGUUCGGACACCUCGUUGAAAUCAGAGAUCGUCGGGUUGAAAUUACACAGGAUGGAUUUGCAUUCGUGCUUCAGGACGUCAACACGCAGGUCUGGCAUAUUCUGAUUCUCUAUGUAGAAAGCGCCGAAGCAAUCGGGAUGGACAGCGUCGAGGUUCUUUCCUUCAUCUUCCUUCUGAGUAGUCUGGAACUGGGCAAGUGCUACGAGAAGAAACACUUAACAUCCAACCAACUUCGUACCUUGACCGACCUCGCCGAUUUCGGUAUUGUCUACCAGGAAAGUCCGGAUACGACCCAUUUCUAUCCAACACGCCUUGCAACCACGCUUACUUCAGACUCGAGCGCCAUUAACAACCCCAUAUCCGGUGCGCUUGCAGGCCCAACAGGCGCAGGAUCAAGAAAGCCUGGUUCCGGCUUUAUUAUCGUUGAAACCAACUACAGGCUUUACGCUUAUACAUCCUCGCCUCUUCAAAUCUCCCUCAUUGCGCUCUUCACAACCCUCAAAUACCGUUUCCCCAACCUAAUAACUGGCAAGAUCACCCGACAAUCGGUCCGUCGCGCCAUAGAAAUGGGAAUCACAGCAGAUCAGAUCAUCUCGUAUCUCUCCACACAUGCGCACCCGCAGAUGCGCAAACAUAACACUUCCAAAUCCACGUCUAAUAUCACGGGAAUUCCGCCGUCCAUUUUACCACCGACGGUCAUUGAUCAGAUUCGUCUAUGGCAGCUGGAGCGGGACCGUGUCAAAGCUACUCCUGGCUUUUUGUUCAAGGACUUCGUUAGCCUGGCCGAAUACGAGGCGCCCUGUCGGUAUGCGGAAGAGAUCGGUGUCCUUGUCUGGAAGUCGGAUCGGAAGCGGAUGUUCUUCGUUACGAAACACACGGAGGUUGCAGCUUUCUUGAGGAGUAGAAAAUGAGUCUGAUAUGUGGAACCAUGUUUAUGAAUCCAUUCUUUGCUGUACGAUACCAUGGUUUGGGGACCUUUUCUAAGGAGUCUGGCGCAUGGCUGGCUGUAUAAUGUGGGCUAGCAAUAAAAAUAGAAGGGAACAUGAAGAAGAAAGA